AUGCAGCAAACGACUCAUCUCAACGAGCUGUUACUCACGAUGCACCACCACUACGGCGCGUACCGCCGCGAGCGUUCAUGGGGCAGGGAGGCCCUGGCAUUCGUGGGGCCUGUUGCAGGGCAGGGGGCACUGGCAUUCGUGGGGCCUGCUGUAGGGCAGGGGGCACUGGCAUUCGUGGGGCCUGCUGUAGGGCAGGAGGCACUGGCAUUCGUGGGGCCUGCUGUAGGGCAGGGGGCACUGGCCCUCGUGGGGCCUGUGGCAGGGCAGGGGACACUGGCCCUCGUGGGGCCUGUGGCAGGGCAGGGGACACUGGCCCUCGUGGGGCCUGUGGCAGGGCAGGGGACACUGGCCCUCGUGGGGCCUGUGGCAGGGCAGGGGACACUGGCCCUCGUGGGGCCUGCUGUAGCGCAGGGGACACUGGCCCUCGUGGGGUCUGUGGCAGGGCAGGGGACACUGGCCCUCGUGGGGCCUGCUGUAGGGCAGGGGGCACUGGCCCUCGGGUGGCCUGUUGCUGUUCCUCCGCUCUCCGCGGGCAACGCCGGCUGCCUCCCACUGGCCCUGCCGUCGUCGCCUUACCAGCAACCAACCACCACCACCACCUCCACUUCGCUCUCCCAGCGUCUGCUGCUAAAGCCAUGCUGCCCUCGGCUGCCCGGGACUCGAGCAGCCCCCGCCGCGGGGCCACGGCGACCCCCCCCCGCUGGGGCAGGAGGAGCCCCCCACGAUGCGCCCCCCGCGAGGUGCAAGGUCGUGGUGGUCGGGGACAGUCGCUCGGGCAAGACGGCGCUGCUCCACGCGUUCGCCAAGGAUUCUUACCCCGAGCAAUACGUGCCCACCGUGUUCGAGAAUUACACCGCCAGCUUCGAGCUGGAAGGCCACAGGGUGGAGCUCAUCAUGUGGGACACGUCUGGCUUGCCACACUACGACAACGUGCGGCCCCUUUCCUACCCCGACGCCAAUGCCAUCCUCGUCUGCUUUGACAUUGCUCGACCAGAGACUCUGGACAGCGUCCUGAAGAAGUGGCAGGGUGAGAUACAAGAGUACUGCCCCAAUACCAAGGUGUUCCUUGUUGGCUGCAAAUCGGACCUGCGGACAGACUUUAGCAUCCUCUCUGAGUUCUCGGAGCAGCAACAGAAUCCAAUCUCCUACGAACAGGGCGCGAGCGUGGCGCGACAGAUAGGCGCGGCUCGCUACCUGGAGUGCUCGGCGCGCACGUUGGAGAGCAGCGUGCGGGAGGUGUUCCGCGCAGCCGCCAUGGCCCUAUCCACACCUGGCUCUGCCGCUGGAGGGCGACUCUCUGGUGGACUCAAGCGAAGUCGCUCCAAGAGGCUCCUGCAGCGGAUUUCCAGGCUGGGCGGUCGCCCGGAGCUCAACUCUGACCCAGCGGCUGCCGACAAAGCCAAGAGCUGCACCAUCAUGUGAGACGGUUGGCCACCCGCCAUCGAGAGGCCCUGUGUUGGAAUUCUUGCCCCUGUGCCGACCUUCUUACAUUGCCUCCAUUCAAUUAUGUGUGACAAUCUGCCCACGGGGAUAUCGAUGGGACUCUCGUUUGAUGAUAAAACGCGUGAACUUGGGGUGCGCCAUGUGGCUCCGGAGCCAAACGCUUGUUUUGUUCGGCGUGGGUGAUUGAUUUAAACAGUAUUUUUUUUCUUUGCCGAGUUUGAAGACACUGCCUUUAAAAACCGAGGGUGUAUUGAACACUUUAACAUGAACCAAUGCACAUCAUUCAUUCCAUUUGGGUUUGUUUUUAUCACGUUGGAUGCGGUCAAGUUGUCCGUGAAGGAUGAAGACAAUUUGCUUUCAAACCAAACUUCUCGGUAGCCCACGCUGCAGGAGCCCACACUCGCGGUGUGCUCACACUUGAAUGUGUUUGGGGCAGAUUCAAAAUAGUGGCAGUGGCGGUUAGCAGUCAGUUUUGUCAAUGUCAAGCUACUUCAUCAAGCUGCAAACCGGCAAGAUUGGAAACGAAAACUGGAUCUUGUAAAGCCUUGCGGGACAUUGAUGUCAAGGUUAAAAAUAGUCAAAAAAGAUGGAGAGGUUGUCAUCGGCUGAGUUCCCUUUAAAAAAAAUGGUGUUGCCUUACCACACUCUAAAAACACAAGGGCUUCAGUUAUUUAUCUUUUUUUAUUUUUUUGUUGUUAAAAUACUUUUCUUCUGUACAAAGAAUAAAGCUUGUAAAAUAUCGUGUUUAUAUUUAUAUGUUUGUAAGUACAGUAGUGUAAAGAAGUCCUUAAAAAUGUAAAUUCUUGGAAUUGUUUCAAUUUUGCACUUUGCAAUUGUGUUUGACGCUACAUUCCCGCCCCAUUCAGCUUCGUAUGUGGAGAUCUGCUUGGCGGAGAGGUCACUUUACCAGUGUUGCUUUGGCUUAAAGCGUGCGGCUUUGAUACUUGUGAUGUUUUUUUUCUCUCCAAUCUAAUGCUCCCUAUGCUUUGUAACAGCUGUGUACUGUCAAUUGCAUAUGCCUGUGCCAAACAAAAUAAAAAGUGUCUGUUCA